CCAGCAGGGAGUUGCCAAGGCUCUGCAGUCACUCACAAAGAUCCCUCCAUGUUCAGGGAGGACGGUGCAUGAAGGAAUUUUCCUUCCCUUUCAAAGCCCCCCUGCAAAAUGGGCCUGAGCUCUUCCAAGGCGCAUCCCAAGGUGACCAAGGUGGCACCGAUGCGCUCUGCAGAGGACCUGCCUUCUCUCUCUGCCCUGCACCGGCUCCCCAGUGUGCCAGGACAGCCCAGCCUGCACCCAUCAGACAUGGAAAAGUGGGGAAAACCCAUUUUCCACCUGGAACUUCCACCUCUCCGGGAGACCUGGUACGGGAGAGCCUCUUCAGGGCCCCUCUCUUUCAACACCAUGCCCGAAAAGGAAGGAACCAGCAUCAUUAAGCAGCACCCGCCUCGAAGACCUCAAAGGCUUGAACCCGCUGUCCCUCCGCAAGCAAUCGCUCCUGUGAAGCCCUGGAGUCAGCGAGGAGUGGCUGCAAGCCCAAAACCAAAGGUGCUGGAGAAGAGGGGGCAAAGCCUGAAUCACCUCCCUGGCAGGAGACAACACUUACACAAGCUUCAGAUGCUGGACUUGACCCGCAAGCGACGAGAGGCGGAGCUGAAGCGAAAUCUCCACAGGGAGGCAAAAGCCAAUAAACAAAAAAUCAAGGAAUUCAGCCCAAUGGACAUCCUUGACAUUCUCCAGAGAAGCAACAGCAAGGAAAGCCGAGGCCUUGUCCCUGCUGAGCACAAUCAGCAUUUUCACGAAGACGACCAUGGAAACACGUGGGGUGAAGGACUCUCCAGACAACGUGAUGGAGCUGAAUUGUCUCCAGGCAGAAGAGGGAAGGUCGACCUGUGGUUCUGCAGGGAGCCCCGGACGAGGGAUCUGUUCUGGGACACCUCCAGCACGGGGUCUGAGGAGUGGGAAAGGGAGGAGAAGAUUCACCGCAAACCUGCACUUGUGAGGACCAAGACGGAGAGAGUUUCCCUCUUUGACGACUUCUUUGACAGGGAUUUCUAGUGGCACAGCUUGGGGUGAGAGGGAUGUGGUGAAGAAACAAGUCCCAGCUCUGGUGGGACUGGAAUUCCCCCCCACAGACGGAUGGACUGAGGGUGGAGACACAGUGCUGGCUGUAAGUGGCACUUCUGGGAGCACAGGCCAGGGGAAAGGACAGCUGGAAACAAGGAGGUCACUGAUGUGGAGCAAAUAAUGGCUGUCUGGGUUGUGUGGCUGCACCAAAAUAUCUGGGGGAAAAUGCCCUGGACAGAGCAGCAAUGAACUGGGGGUAGAGAGAGGAGGAGGAUGGCAAAAAAAAAAAAAAAAAGAAA